AUGGAAACCACCCAAUCUCCCUCUAUUGAAAGCUUUUCAUAUGGUUGGUUAGCUAAUUUCCAGCCAUCAAUUUUCGACGUUUCAUUUCGAGCCUCCAUUGAUGGCCAUGAUCGAGAUGAUCAAGCUUCUUUCAUUGAAAUGGAUCCAAGGUUGCCACCCUCGAAGAGAUUUUUCAGAGUUCCACAAAAUUUGAGCUUUGAUUUUCCCAUAUCAGAAUCCCCUCUAACACUUGCGCAUGCAGAUGAACUCAUUUCCAAUGGCUUCCUUAUGCCUCUUUUUGUCAAAGAUAUGAACAAGGAAAUAGAAAAAUAUGAUGCUGAAUACUCCUCAAUAUCGACUACCACUACGCCCUCUAGCAGUAGGGUUAGUCGUGCUGAUGCUGCUUUUUUAAGUAGUGCGUUGAGAAGUUGUCAGAGAUUAUCGAAGCAUUUUCUACAAAAAUAUCUGAAUGUUUUUAAGCUGAUCUGUCAAAGAAUAAGAAGGCGUGGCUCAAGAGUUGGGAGUAGUAGUAAUAUGAAAAUGCAUGAAUUGACUGGAUGGGAUUUUUCACAGGUUACAUCUCCAAGAACUAGUGUAGCUUAUUCAGCAGAUAAUUGGCGACGGUCUUGUGAUUCUGAGAGCUCCAUUUAUGAAGCAGUUCUUCACUGUAAAAGAACCCAAGCACGUUGA